AUGUCGUUACAAACGUUGUGUUGUACGUCUGUGGUCAAGUUUCUCAGACCCGUCGUCCUCCUAACACGUCCUCCAGUUGCCGUCAACUCCUUCAGGCGUAUCUUCAGCCCGUCACAGCGUUUCCUGGCUGCUUCCGAUUCCUCAGCUGACGGCAACAGCAACAGCAAUAUCAACAGAAAAGCGUUUCGUUCACUUCUCUCCGAUAGCAAUGUUACGACGUUGAAGUUUCAGAAGAAAAGCGCUGAAGAUUUGAAGGGCGGCUUAGAGGAUGAACCUGAGAAUUCGUUAUCGUCGUUGGGUGGUUCGACGACCACAACUCUGUCAGCGUAUCGACGAUUCUGGAAAAGAUUUCAUAAGAUGAUGGGAACUGAGGUUGACGAAAAUGCCACAUACGAAGAGAGACGAAGGCAAAAAAUGGCAAGGAAUACAAAAAUGGGUAGCUUAUUUCUAGUGGUUGGCUCGUUUGCGGGUUUCGUUUGGUUUUGUAUUUAUUACGGGCGGCCGAAACGUGACGAGAAAGGCCAAAAAAUACAAGAUGAAUUCAGUGGCACUUUCUUCGGACCAUUCUAUCGUAUCAUGAACAGUUUCAAACUUUGGAAAGAUUAUGUGGUGGAACCGUCACGAGAGGUGCUUUUGCCCGAUCCGUUGCCGCCACCAUACUUGCAACCGAAAUAUACGCUUGUGAUCGAGAUGAAGAAUGUUUUGAUUGCUCCCGAAUGGACGUACAAAACAGGACAUCGUUUUGUGAAACGACCAGCGCUGGAUUAUUUUUUGGAUAUUGUUGGAUAUCCAAACUUUGAAGUGGUUAUCUACACAUCGGAAUCUUCGAUGACAGCACCGCAAGUGAUCGAGUCAUUCGAUCCAAAGCAACGAAUCAUGUACAAACUCUAUCGUGAUUGCACCAAAUACAUGAACGGUCAUCAUGUCAAGGAUUUAUCUCGUCUGAAUCGAGAUCUGUCGAAGGUGAUCUACAUUGAUUUCGACCCGAAAUCAUUCCAACUGAAUCCGGAUAAUGUGUUACGAAUACCGAAAUGGGACGGUGACAUGGACGAUACGUCGUUGGUGGAUCUUGCUGAACUGUUGAAAACGAUCCAUCUGUCAGAUGUGGAAGAUGUGAGACCAACACUUCAGUAUUACAGUCAAUUCGAUGAUCCGGCUAAAGAGUUCCGUCGUCGAGCGAUGUACAUUGCUGAACAGGAUCAUGCGAUCAAAGAACAGCAAGACCAACAAGAUCAUAGUAUGGUGAAGCGGUACUCGGGACGAUUAUUUGGCUAUCGCAGGCAUGCCUGA